CCAAGGUCAAGGCUACUCAAGAAAACGUGUACUUCUAAAAAGUGAACACAACGACUAGAAACCAUGUCAUUUAUUUAUGUCAGCCCAGAAAGCCAUUUUCCUAUUCAGAAUCUACCUUAUGGAAUUUUUUCCACAGAUGACAACCCAAGACACAGAAUAGGUGUGGCUAUAGGGGACCAGAUUUUAGAUUUGAGUGUAGUGAAGAGUUUGUUUACUGGAGUUGUACUACAGAAUCAACAGGAUGUGUUUGAUCAGCCUACCUUGAAUGGAUUUAUGGGACUAGGUAGAGCAGCUUGGAAGGAAGCAAGGGCAACAUUACAGAAAAUAUUGUCUUCCAACGAACCUCUCCUGAAAGACAAUGCUGACCUUAGAUCAAGAGCCUUUGUUGAUCAAGGUCAGGCAACAAUGCAUCUUCCUGCUAAUAUAGGUGAUUAUACAGAUUUUUAUUCCUCAAAGAACCAUGCAUAUAAUGUUGGUGUUAUGUUCAGAGGACCAGAAAAUGCUCUGAUGCCAAACUGGACACAUUUACCAGUAGGCUACCAUGGUAGAGCUUCGUCGGUAGUUGUAUCAGGAACACCAAUCAGACGACCUAAUGGACAAACCAGAGCUGAUGAAAGCCAGCCUCCUGUGUUUGGUAAAUGUAAGUUACUAGACAUAGAAUUAGAGAUGGCGUUUUUCACAGGCCCAGCCACAAAGCUAGGAGAACCAAUUCCUAUAGAUAAGGCAGAAGACCAUAUAUUCGGUAUGGUGUUAAUGAAUGAUUGGAGUGCCAGAGAUAUACAGAAAUGGGAGUAUGUUCCAUUAGGACCAUUCCUUGGUAAAAAUUUCGGGACCACAAUAUCCCCGUGGGUUGUUACCAUGGACGCCUUGAAACCAUUUGCUGUACCUAACCAGAAACAAGAUCCGAAACCUUUGCCUUAUCUCUGUCAUGAAGAUCCAUAUUGUUUUGAUAUUCAGCUUGAAGUAGCAUUAAACUGUGAUGGAUUAAGUAAGCCGUCAACAAUUUGUAAAAGUAACUUUAAGUACAUGUAUUGGACCAUGAAGCAACAGCUAGCUCAUCACACAGUGACUGGAUGUAAUACAAAUCCUGGAGAUCUAUUGGCCUCAGGGACCAUAAGUGGAGAGACAGAAGAUUCUUAUGGCAGUUUGUUAGAAUUAUGCUGGAAAGGAACCAAACCUAUAAAACUCGAUAAUGAUAUCACCAGGAAAUUCUUACAGGACGGUGAUGAAGUAAUAAUGACAGGUUAUUGUGAGAAAGAUGGAUGCAGAGUUGGGUUUGGUACAUGUACAGGGAAGAUAUUGCCAGCAUUAGAUCUCUCAUAAACUCACUAGUCUUAAUCUAAGCAGCAUUUAAUGUUAUGAUGAAGUGUAUGAAGGGUUUAAAUGUUAUUGUUUUUAAUGUUUAAGAUAUAUAAAUGUGAAGACAGGAACAAGAAUUUAGAAAUUGGUUCAGAACAGUGUAGACUAGCGUAUAUUCAAACUACUUUGGAUUCAUUAUUCGUUGGAUACCAAUUUUCGUGGGUUUCGUGGAUACAGGUGAACCACAAAUUCAAAUGUUCUACGAAUUACAAAUUUUCUGUAUGCUUUUUAUGCAGAGAUUGGCAAAACCAUGAAAUCAAAUAUCCAUGAAAAUUUUCCUCAAUCCAUGAAAACUGAUACCCACGAAAAUAAAUGAAUCCACAGUAUUAUGAAUUUUACUACACAAUUAUAUUAUUACAAGUUGGGAAGAGUGCUGGUGAAGAUUCAUACUGAGAGUUAAAGUGUCAGUCUUUGUAAGAAUCUGGCAAUUUAGAAAAAUUUCAAAACCUGACCCAAAAAAACCCACCAACCUGACCAUUCAAUUUUGAAGUUACCUUCAUCCUGAGUUAGAAAUGGUAGGUCUUUCGUUUCUUCGUGUCUGGUAAUUCGAUAAAUUUCUUGAUAACAUUGGGUUAGAAUGACAGCAAAUUACAGAGUUAGCUCCCCUCAAUUGGUAAUUUGUAGUGCAUUUCAACCAAAUUAUAUCGUAAAUUACCAGAACUGGAAAAGGAAAUGAACGUUUUAUUCGUGCACCAUUAUACGUUUUGAACUUAAAUUAAUGUAAACUUGAGUGGGUUUUUAUUUGUCAUGUUUUCACCACUGCCUGAUUCUUAGGCAGAUUGGCACUUAAUUUGUCUAGAAGCCAGUGCAUAGUGUUGGCAUGAUUCAACUGAUGAGUCAGUAACUUUACAAUUCAUCAAGGUAUGUAAUUGUAGUAAGCUUUCAGCUGUUCUGUUUUGGCCUUUUGAAACCUUUCCUUGUUAUUUUAUUGUUCCGAUUUAUUUUGACACUUCAUUUCUUGUAAAAAUAUUGUAAUAUUAAGCAGUUGCAAUAACUUUAGUCUGCACAUUUAUAAUUGAUCGACUUGUAAUUUUACUAAGCUAUGGUUGCAACUUCCUUAGGCAAAGAUGACAUUUGACUCUUUAAGGAUGUUUGCUCCUCUUGUUUUUGAGUUUUUGCUAGAUAUUCGGAAUCCUCUGGUUUUAUCCAUGUAGUGCCAUUAAAAAAUUUGCCCACUAACCCCUACUUUUCUCUCCAUUAUACAUAUAGUUUAAAAUGUCAUUUUUUAAAAUCUUAUAAAAUCCUUGUUAUUUUUUCAUAGUUUUUGAAAGAAAAAAGGUGCAAAUGUUAAAUGUAUGAAAAAUCUAGAGAGAAUUAUUUCCCCGCCAAAUUUUAAAUGGCUCAUAUCUCGAAAACAAGCACACUAACCCUUCAAUUUUUUCAGCUUAUUUAUUUCCUUUAUUUAUAUACUUUCAAUUUAUAACAAUCUUUUAAAAAACUUGUUAUUUUGAAACAGAGUAGCAAACAUCCUUAAGCUGUUCUUGGCCUGUUUAAACUUUCCCCUGUUUAGUUGUUGUUUUGAAUCAUCUUGACACUUCAUUUUGUAAUGUUAAGCAGUUGGAAUAAUUUUGGUCUGUAACUUGCACAGGCAAAGUUGAAUUUUGACUCUAGUAGUAAUGAUUGAACAUGAUGCCAAACUGUUUUUUUUCAAAGAAUUUUUAAUGUUUAUGAAAUUUAUGAUCACGGGUAAACACCAUUGCUAAUUAUUAACGAAAAUUAAUGCCUCAUCAAACAAUAUUUUCAGAUUGCUUUAAAUAGUGAUUUGCAUCUCAGGCCAUGUAGAAUAUAUAUUAUAUGCUAUCGUAACGAUAAAUAAAUCGUGCUCCUUGAUUUCAAAAUCAGUUGCCUUCCCAGAUUUUUAAAAAGGGGGCCAAAAACUAGGCAACGUUAGGAGUAGAACAUGUAAAACGUCUAUGCUUUAAACAAAUAUAUAGCUCUAAAGGGAGGGGAUGGCCAUGGCCUUGCGGUCAUAAAAUGUUCGAGCACCAUUAUCCUACUCAGACUCAGAAAUCAACCAAUCAAAAUACUGGAUUUGGUAUUUCAAGCACAUAUUUUGUACUCCCGAGUACUGAGUAAAGUUUUAUGACAGGGCCCUGAUCUCCCCUAAAUCUGCUUCUGCUUCCAAAUCAUAUAUAUACAUGUAUAUAUUUUGCCUUCUGCAAGGAAUAUCUGUAUCUUCUAAUUAUUUCACUUGUUUAUAACAUUGACAUUCCUUUUAUAUUUAGAAAAAUAUAUACAGAGAAAAUGAUAUUGUAUGCAUUAUUAUUAUGGGCUUUCAUUUAAAAAGGUUUAGCUCAUUGAAACUGAUUAAUUCAAUUAAUAAUCACACAAGUGUUUUUUAUACGACCGCAAAAAUUAAAAAUUUUUUGGUCGUAUAUUGGUAUCACGUUGUCGUCGUCGUCGUCGUCGUCGUCAGCAACGUAUGAAGACAGAUGGUUUCCGGAUAAUAACAUGAGUAUAAGUAUAUAGAAAUCAAUAAAAUUUUAACACAAGGUUUAUAACCACUAAAGGAAGGUUGGGAUUGAUUUUGGGGGCUAUGGUCCCAACUGUUUAGGAAUUAGGGGCCAAAAAAGGGAACCAAAUAAGCAUUUUUUAGUAGUUUCCAGACAAUAACUUGUGUUAAAGUGUAUUAAUAUCUCUGAAAUUAUACCUCAAACUUCCAUACAACAAAGGGAUGGUUAGGAUUGACUUUGGGGGGUUGUGGAUCAAACCAAUUAGUAAUUAGGGGCAAAAAAAGGGGAAAAACAAGGGUUUUUCUGGUUAAAGGACAAUUGAGACAAUUUAAAAGCAGUGUAAGGGAGGUAAUCCAAUUUAAAUUAAAGAACACUAUUUGAUUACCUCCCUUACACUGCUUGUAAAUUAUGUAUUAAGAAAUGAUGAUUGUCUUGAGGUGAUUAGCUGUCAAUUUAUUUUUAGCAGUUCUUAUUAAUUAAUAUUAAUUUUAGCCAUGACUAUGUAUGUCAUUUUAUAUUUUAAAACUUUUAUGAUGUAUUUAAAUGGGUAAUUUUGGUUGCAAACUGCAUUUGAAAUUUGAAUUGAGAUACUGACCAUAU